AUGUGACUGAUUACGAAAAAGACAUUCGACGGAAGUUCGUCACUUAACAAUUGUAGUUUUUGUUGUUUUUCUUCUCUGCUGACGAACCACAAGCAGUUGCCUAGAUUAAAAGCAGUCUUCCAACUUUGUGGUUUACAUUUUACCACUGUUUUUCUUCUUUCAGGCAGUAUGGGCCGUAGCUACAUAGUAGAAGAUGACGUGGAGGAAUAUUUGUGUAAACUAUGUUCAACUCAAUCAGGUACUGUCACGGGCCUGUUUAUUGGACAGUGUUCAAUCCAAAGGGACUUUAUUGUCAUGGCAGCUAGGACACCCCAGAAGGAAGAGUCUGCAGAUGAUGGACAGCUGGUGGACAAAGAGUGGUUGUCUGAGCAUGCUCGACAGGUAUCCAGAAUGCUGCCCGGAGGCCUGUCUGUGCUGGGAGUCUUCAUAAUAUCCGAUAGUGAUGCCAAGGACUCACUAACCACACUCAGACAGCUGGUGUUUGCUGUGGAGAAUUUAAUCUCCUCCGAGCAGCUGUGGAGCCCGGCAGAUGAUGAUGUCACAGACCGCGUCACUCUUCAUGUCAACCCUAAAACAAGAAAAACUGUCUGCAGAACCUUUGAUGUCACAGACCCAAAGACUGUGGCCAAGCCUGCAGAUUGGAAGUACCAGUCACGCGUGUGUUCCAACUGGGCCACGGUUUUGUGUUGGCUGGAUGUAGACCUGUUGGUACCAAUACCAGAGAAGAUAACCAGUACAAAAACUGUGGAAAAAUGUCUUAUGGAGGGGCUGAAAUCAUGGACGCACCAGAUUGAGAGUGGAGUUUUUCUGAUUGAUGGGAAGAAGCUGCCAGAGGAUUCGGAGCUUAAAGGAGGACAGAAAAAGAGCACGAGGCAGACGUACACAGCUCAGCUGCUUGUUUCACCGGAUAUGCAGAAGUCUUCAGAUGUGGUCCAGCGGUGUGGAGGCAGCCUGUCAGUCAGAGGAGUAAUCCACAGUCGAGCCUUCUUACACAGCAACAAACCAAAAGCAAAGCUUGCUGAGAGGCUGUUGAAGAUGGAUGUAGUUUCUACAGUGGCCACACGGGUCCAGAUGCUGCUGGAGGAGACGCUGACGUCUGAAGAAAGCAGCAGAGAUGUAAAACAGACAGAGCAGUUGUGCCUCCCUCGUCGUGUCUUCUGUCCAGUAAAAGUGACCGGGCCGCUGUGUGUGUGUGAUUAUCAGUUUAGCGACGAGGGUCUGACUGAGAUAACUGACCGGCUCAAAGAGAUGCUGGACACCGAUGCAGCUGAGGAUGACUUAGACACCACGCAGGAAAUGAGUGCUGAACUCAUUCAGAGUGAAGCCACUGAAGAAGCAACUGCAGAAACUGUAGAAGCCUCAGAGCCCAGAAGGGACAUCUACAUCGGUGUUGCCGUGGGGAUAGCUGUUGCCCUGCUGGCCACAGCUGCAUCAGCGCUGUAUUUCAGUGAUGCUUAAAUGAUUAAUCAGAAAAGAAAAUAAAGAAUAUUUUGCUUUGAA